CCGAACUCCGCCGUCCGGCCGCAGUUUCCCAGGCCGCCAGGCACGAGAAGCUGCCACCCCCCCGGCGAGGGGUGGUCGCCUCAACGGCUCCGCUCAACCGGUCGGUUCGGAGGCUCAGGGUUUAGGGAGGGACUCGAUUUGUUUCAAUCAUCAAGUCGAGUGGAUUCUGUACUGAAAGGUGUGCUCGCUGACAAUGGCUCUUCUCAUGCUGAGCUGUGAAGGAUUUCAGAAGCAUGAGGAUAGAUUCCAGGCAACACAUAUUGGCCAUCGGUUGCUUUACUCCCCUGCUGCUGAUAAUAGCUACAGGGACGAUGUCACUGCUGCUGCUGCUGCUGCAGAUGAUAAUAUAAUAGAUGGCAGCAUUCUCAGCAAGAAGAAUCUUCAAAGUUUGCCCGCUAAUGAGGAUUUUCUCUCAAUUGAGGAUAAUCCAGUGGAUGAGCUAGAAUUGGAUGAUGGGUUGGGAAUUGUUGAGAGGGUUAGUCCCAUUGAAUAUAUCAAGAGGUUACUGUUGAUGAGAUCAGCACUGGGUGAUUCUUCUAUUGAGCUAGGUAUUAACACUGUCAUGCACAUGCUUCCAGAGUCUUCUAGGGACUGUAGGCAUACUGGGGACCUCUAUUGGCAUGGUUAUUAUCAGAUGAACAAAUUAUCUCCAACUGCCUUGCCGCCGAUGCGGUACACUCACUGUGCAUCUUCAAACGAGCUUCGGUGUUUCCAUAAGCCGCGUGCUAUGCUCCAAGUCUUUUGUAUUAAGUUGAAAUCAUAUCUGGAAGAUGCGGGUGGGCCAAUUGAGGUGUAUGGGUUUAUUGUAAUUCGUGAUGCGGAAGACUAUCGGCGCAACUACGUUUUCAACCGAUCUCGUGAUAACCCAAUCAUUGUCAACAAGACCAGUGACUACCUGACUUUGGUGAGCCCUAGCAGAGGCAUUUCGAUGACAAUCGAUUGCCUGAUGGAAAUAGAUCUGAGAGCCAAGGGACCCAUGGAAGACGUGACUCUGGUGGAUGGGUGCUGUGAUUUCGUGGAGGGCCGUUGCGUGUACGACACGGAGCUGGAGUGCACCCUGGAUGGCACCAACGGCACUCUCAUCUUUGAUCUCAUCGUGUUUCGAAGAGCGCUGGAGGCGACCGUAGAGCUGUGUUUCACCAAGGUGCCCGCGGGAGGCUUUGAGCUGAAGAUGUGCGGGUACACCGCGGUUUCAGAGAGCCUGUACCUCUUUGCCGGUGAGCAGUGCGACUGCGAUGGCUUGGUCGCCUCGGCCGGGAAGCACCCGCAGAGGUUCGUCGCAGCCGUACCGUUCGAUGACACGCUCUUCAUCGAUUUCAUGGAGGGGAGGCUGCCUGUCCCGUUUAAGGCGACGUCCGUUCAUGGCUGCCUAGAGAAGGAGUACUGCUUCUGCAACGGCGCUGUGGUGAGCGUGAAGGUGUCGUGGUCAACGAGCUUCUACUAAGCCUCCACCCACUUGUACAGCUGGCGAAUUUUGUCCAGCAAAUGAAUCGUCUGCUGCUGCUUUUUUUGCACAGGAAGUAAUUGACUGCUUAUUCCUUAUUGCCAAGCAAAUUGAUCGUCUGCUGCUUUCUUCUUCACAAAAAGCAUAAUUGGUCGUCGGCUGCUUUCUUCACAAAAA